CUGGGUACCGUUACCAACGGACAGUGGUAACGCUAGUAUAGAAUCUCUUUCCUUCCAGUUUACCAGAAAACCCGGGAUACAGGGGGCAAAAAUCAUACGAAAUACUCCAGGGCAGUCACAUAGUAUACGCCUCAUUUGUCGACGUAAAUGUGGGAAUAUAACGCUAACUGCUGAUUGAAAAAAAACUAAAACACGUCGGGACACUUUAUCUCUAUCUCCACCAUUUUGGUUGUCGGUGAUGGAGCACAUCCGGACGCCAAAGGUGGAAAAUGUGCGUCUCCUCGACCGGUCGUCAGGACAGAGAAAGGCCAGCACCGGGACUCUCUACCUUUCUGCCACACACACCAUCUUUGUAGAAAACAACCCUGACACACGCAAGGAGACAUGGGUGUUGCACAGUAUGGUGAGCAGUUUGGAGAGGCCACCCACUAGCCCUGCAGGAAGUCAGCUGAUCCUGCGUUGUAAGGACUUCCUGGUCUUCCAAAUCCUCAUUCCGCAGGAGAGAGAUUGUUUGGACAUCCACACCUCCUUGGUCAGAUUGUCACGGCCAGAAAAGUACAGUGAGCUGUUCUGCAUGUCCUUUAAUCCCAAUGUGAACAAAGUAGAGAGAGAGGAGUCCUGGAACUUCAUAGACAUCAUGGCCGACUUCAAGAGGAUGGGAGUUCCUAAUAACUUGUGGGUUGCUACAGCGGCCAACAACGAAUACAGGGUUUGUGAUACAUACCCAUCACAGCUGUUUGUUCCAAAGUUGGCCACAUCCGCGAUCUUUGUGGGCAGCUCAAGAUUCAGGAGUCGAGGGCGAUUCCCUGCUCUGUCCUACUUCCACCAGGACACACUGGCAGCAGUGUGUCGGUGUAGUCAGCCACUGUCCGGCUUCAGUGGACGCUGUCAGGAGGAUGAGAUGAUGCUGCAGGUUGUGAUGAAGUCCAACCCUGGCAGUGACCACAUCUAUGUGGUGGACACCAGGCCAAAGCUGAAUGCCAUGGCCAAUCGAGCAGCAGGUAAAGGCUAUGAGAACGAGGACCACUACACCAACAUCAAGCUACAGUUCAUCGGCAUUGAAAACAUCCACGUUAUGAGAAGUAGCCAGCAGAAAGUCAUUGACGUGGGUGAGAUGAGAUCUCCGUCUAUGACUGACUUUCUGUAUGGUCUGGAGAACUCUGGUUGGCUCAAACAUAUUAAAGCCAUACUGGAUGCGGGGCUCUUCAUAGCCAGGGUGCGUACACAGACAUACAUACACAAGCAGACACACUCCCACAACAACCACAAACAUUUCUAUAACCUGUGUAAAAACGUAUAAAGCCCAAGUGUAAAUACAACAAAGAACCAAUGAUGAUCUUUUCUAGCUCUGGUCAAGAACAGCUAGAAUUCCAUAAUAGCAUGAUGAUUCAUUUGAAUCAUCAUGCUAUUAUGGAAAUAGUUACAACAUAAUCAAAUUAUCUUGAGGCAGCACACAUUUCACGAAACUAAAAGAUGGGGAGC